CAAGGUGACUAACUCUGUGUCGGGGACACUUGGACUCCUUACAGUUCUGGUGCAAAGGGACCACUUCUGAAGCUGGAGAACCCAGGGGGAGGGUUCAGCAGCCAGACGCCCAUGCUGAGCACCCACUCCCUGAAACCUGCGGCCCUGCACAUGCCAUCUGGGACCUCGGAGUUCCUAGGCUGCCAGCGGCGCCACACACUCCCUGCUAGCGAGUUCCGCUGUCUCACUCCAGAGGAUGCCGUCAGCGUGUUUGAGAUUGAACGUGAAGCCUUUAUCUCCGUCUCCGGUACCUGUCCCCUCUACUUGGAUGAGAUCCGACACUUCCUAACCCUGUGUCCAGAGCUGUCCUUGGGCUGGUUCGAGGAGGGUCGCCUUGUGGCCUUCAUCAUCGGCUCACUUUGGGACGAGGAGAGACUUACUCAGGAGUCGCUGACACUACACAGGCCCGGAGGCCGCACAGCGCACCUGCACGUACUGGCGGUGCACCGUACCUUCCGGAAGCAGGGCAAGGGCUCCGUCCUGCUGUGGCGCUACCUGCACCACCUGGGGAGCCAGCCCUCUGUCCGUCGGGCUGUGCUCAUGUGCGAGAACCCACUGGUGCCCUUCUAUGAGAAACUGGGCUUCCAGGUUGUGGGCCCGUGCGCCGUCACCGUGGGCCCCCUCACCUUCAUGGAGCUACAGUAUUCCUUACGGUGCCACGCCUUUCUGCGCAGAAACAGCGGCUGCUGA